UGGAAGUGAGGGUCCCAGACGAUGGAGCUGUAUUCUACUGUCGAACGUAUUAGAGCGAGAUAGGCUGUUCUGCGGCAGGAUUCUGGACAGUGUUUCAAGUUUCGUCUGAGAAAGCCAAGGGUGGAAUUUGCUUUUUUGGUAAUCUUGCUAAUCCGGCCUAUCCGGAUUCCGUACUUUACGGAGACACUCCGGAGAUAGACGAAGUGGCACGAUUGCCGCAGUAACAUUAUAUAUCGGCUAUCUCCGGAAUCCUCCGCAAGAUUGAUUUAUGCCUAAAAACGUCUGCUGAUGCAGAGUGAAAACAACAACAACGAUAAUAAGUAUGAACUCGGUUCUUGAAGGUUUUCGUCACAUAUCGAAGAAUUGUCCUAAGGUCAAGACAUGCUUUCCAAAUAUUUCUGCAUCAGCUAGUCAAAACAAACUAAUUUCAGCAAGAAGGCAGUCAUGUCUAUCAAGUGAUACGAAACACAUACAUCAGCUAAAAUUUGUGACUCGCGAACCUCUUAUAAUACUGAGAAAAUAUUCCACUAAAAUGACCCCAUUGUUAACUGUCAACCCAAAGAGGCACUUGUUAGUUGAUGACAAGCUUUCAAUAAGCAUAUCAGGCUUGAAGGGCAGAGAAAAAAUCACAGUUCAUGCACAUAUGGAAGAAGAUGACAAAAAGUUUGAGUCCUUUGGAUGGUUUGAGGUUGGAUAUGAUGGACAGGUUGACUUAACAAAAAGCGCUUCCUGUGGUGGCACAUAUGAAGGUGUUUCAUCUAUGGGUCUGUUCUGGAGCAUGGUUCCAUGCCCAGGACAAAUGGACGGUAUCCGGCUUAUGAAGAAAAAUAUAGAAACUCCUUUCAAAACAGUAUUGAGUGUACAUGAAGGGUACCAGUCUCUUGAUCAACUCAGGGAAAGUGCAGGGGAAAUUCUUUGUUCAACUGAGAUAGAGAGAUUUUACAAGGCUCAGGCUGUUAAAAAAGUAGAGGUUACUGACGGGAGGCUUCGUGGAAUGCUGUAUUUACCACCUGGACCAGGACCCUAUCCUGGCGUCAUAGACUUGUUUGGUACUGUUGGGGGCAUCGUAGAGUUUCGCUCAGCACUGCUGGCAUCUCGAGGAAUAGCUUCGUUUGCUCUUCCGUACUUCCGGUACAAAGACCUUCCAGCUUCCCUGGAUGAGAUUGAUCUUGAUUACUUUAUGGAAGCCAUAGAUUACCUACUAAAAAGAGAUGACAUUAUUCAGAAUGGAGUUGGAGUUGUCGGUGUUUCAAAAGGUGGAGACAUAGCCUUAAUGAUGGCUACCCACAAUCCAAAAGUUCGAGCAGUUGUAAACAUCAAUGGGUGCACGUUCUGUGCCUCCUAUCCAAUGAAAUAUAGCGGAGGAGAUAUACCAGAAGUGCGUUUAAAUAUGGAAAAGAUGGAGCUUAUUGAUGGCCGGUUUGCAACUAAGAGCACUUUGGAUUAUACUCCUGAUGACAUCUUUAAGGUGUGGAAACAUGAUGCUAAGGUGUUGAACAUUCUUAGCGAGGAUGACAUGUGCUCGCCAAAAGAAUGUAUACGGCUUCUCCACUCCCUCUACCCUUCGAAGAAGGUCCAUAACUGUAUCGUGGCAGCGUACAAGGGUGCAGGGCACCUCGUUGAACCUCCGUAUACACCGCUUUGUUCUUACUCGUACCAUAAAACAUUCGACAUCUUCAUGUGGUGGGGCGGUAAACCAGCGGACCACGCGUUCGCACAGGAAGAUUCCUGGUGGAGAAUCCUUGAGUUGUUCCACGAACAGCUGGGGCAGACAAUCUCACAUGCUAAACUGUGAUAAUAAUGUGUUAGGUUGUAAUAAUGUACAUUCCAGUCAAUGCCACACGCUGAAAUGUUAGACACGUGCUAAUGGCUAAAAACUCCAGUGAUGCCAUGUUUUGGCGAUACGAGAGGCUUUAAUGAGUAUUUUAAUGCAUCGAUGCAAGAUGAUUGUAGACAUAGAAACCCGGUGCUGUUUUCGUGAAGCUCUUAACAAUGUUUAUAUCAUUAUUACGCGAGUGUGAGAUUUGCAGGUUUUUCAUAUUCAAUCUGCUAGAAGGGCUGAAAAAUGCUUUAACAAAAUUCUGAGCCGGUCGCGGGGAAAACUUUGCUAAAUGCAUUUGCGUAAGGUAUCAUCCCAGAUUAAGGGUAUAACCAAGCAAUACACGUUCCGCUUUGAAAUCACAACCGGAUCUCCGGCUAGUGCUUCACCCGCUCCGCACCUAGGCGACUUGGGUUAAAUGCCCCCCCCCCCGCCCCCCCCUCCCCC